AUGAGCGGAGUUCGUGCCAUCAUAUCCCGUGGCUGGAGCAACAUUGGCGACUCUUCGGCCAGAAAAGAUAUCUUCUACCUUGACGACUGCCCUCACGAGUGGCUGUUUCAAAAGGUGUCCGCGGUAGUCCAUCACGGAGGUGCCGGAACAACUGCUUGCGGACUCCUCAAUGCUCGGCCGACGGUCAUCGUACCUUUCUUUGGAGACCAACCAUUCUGGGGGCAGAUGAUUGCAAAUGCAAAAGCUGGCCCGCAACCAAUCCCACAUAAAGCGCUAAACAGCCAUAACCUUGCGGAGGCCAUAACGUUCUGCGAGUCUGAGGAGACCGUCAAUGUAGCCAGCGAGAUUGCUUAUAAAAUGCGUGACGAAAGCGGAGUCAGACAAGCCGUCGCGUCUUUCCUUCGCCAGCUACCGCGUGAUCGUCUGGGCUGUGAACUUGUGCCAGGGCAGUCCGCAAAUUGGAUCUACACGAAUUGCAAACGCCCAAUCAGGAUUUCGAAUUUAGCAGUCGAGAACCUCUGCCUAUCCAAAGACGUGAAGUUCAAGCGAAAGCAUCUGAAGCACUACGGACCAACCCCAAUCCUUAUAACAAACAAACGCUGGGACCCCUUCACGAGCGCCGGCUCCUCCGGAAUGCGAGUAGCCACGGACCUCACAAGCUCCUUCGUCGGCAUCGUCGCCGACCCAGUAAAAGUGUACCUCGACAACAACAAGCCUGGAUCCGCAGAUAAAAGCCAAUUAAAACUACACGGUCAGGCAGCCCUCGCGUCGGCAAGAAACAUAGAUCACCUCGCCGUCGGCGCUUUCAAAGGUGGUGUCGUCGACAUCCCUCUCGCCCUCGCCGAAGGAUUUCGCAACGCGCCAAAACUGUGGGGACAAAGCGUGAAAGACCAUGGAGAGAUCACGGGCUGGCAGAGCGGUGUGGCGGUUGCUGGCAAGGUUCGUAUUUAUUGA